GAGCUAAAAUAAUAAAAUGCUGAGCUCACUGUUCCCCCACCCUCUCCCCCGUCACUGGGCUCCUCCUGCUGCCAGGACAGUGCUCCAGUAGAACAGACAGACCAACCGACAGAAGGGGAGGUGAGAACGGAGGUGGCCACCAGGACUGGAACUGGGCUUGGGGCCAGCUGUGCUUGAAGGGCUCCCGGCAGCUGUGCUAGGGCAAGAGGCACGGACAGUCGAGGUAAUAGGGGAGAGGUACUGCCAGGAUUUCUUAUAUACUGGGGAAGGCAAAUUCAGCCUGGAUGCCUGGGAUCCCCAUCCGGAGUGGGUGGAAGCUGUGGGAGCCAGAAGGAGGCUCUGGUCCUAGCUAAACAACCUAGCCUUCCCCCAUCUUCCCAUGCCCAACUAGGUCUAUCCUCCAAGGCAAGCAGUUUAUUGUUCUGCCCCACUGACCUGUCUCUUUGUCUCCCUGCUGCGUCCAUGUACAUCUUUCCAUUGUCCAACCACUUUCCCCAUGUACCCCAGGCUCCGUGAGUGCCACACUGUGGGGAGGGGGUGGGGGCCAUCAUGUCAUCGUAUCAGAAGGAACUGGAGAAAUACAGAGACAUAGAUGAAGAUGAGAUCCUAAGGACCUUGAGCCCUGAGGAGCUAGAGCAGCUGGACUGCGAGCUACAGGACAUGGACCCCGAGAACAUGCUCCUGCCAGCUGGACUAAGACAACGUGACCAGACAAAGAAGAGCCCAACGGGGCCGCUGGACCGAGAGGCCCUUUUGCAGUACCUGGAACAGCAGGCACUAGAGGUCAAAGAGCGUGAUGACUUGGUUCCCUACACAGGCGAGAAGAAGGGGAAACCCUAUAUUCAGCCCAAGAGAGAAAUUCCAGUCCAGGAGCAGGUCACUCUGGAGCCUGAGCUGGAGGAGGCACUGGCCCACGCCACAGAUGCUGAGAUGUGUGAUAUAGCAGCCAUUCUGGGCAUGUACACACUGAUGAGCAACAAGCAAUACUAUGAUGCUAUCUGCAGCGGAGAAAUCUGCAACACUGAAGGCAUUAGCAGUGUGGUGCAGCCUGACAAGUAUAAGCCAGUGCCAGAUGAGCCCCCAAAUCCCACAAACAUCGAGGAGAUACUGAAGAGUGUUCGAAGCAAUGACAAGGAGCUGGAGGAGGUGAACCUCAAUAAUAUCCAGGACAUCCCGAUACCCAUGCUAACUGAGCUGUGUGAAGCAAUGAAGACAAAUACCCAUGUCCGGAGCUUCAGUCUGGUGGCCACAAGGAGUGGUGACCCCGUUGCCAAUGCGGUGGCUGACAUGUUGCGUGAGAAUCGUAGCCUCCAGAGCCUGAACAUUGAAUCCAACUUCAUUAGCAGCACAGGGCUCAUGGCUGUGCUGAAGGCAGUUCGGGAGAAUGCCACACUCACUGAGCUCCGCGUAGACAACCAGCGCCAGUGGCCUGGCGACGCAGUGGAGAUGGAGAUGGCCACCGUGCUUGAACAGUGCCCCUCCAUUGUCCGCUUUGGCUACCACUUUACACAGCAGGGGCCACGAACUCGGGCAGCCCAGGCCAUGACCCGGAACAAUGAACUGCGUCGCCAGCAAAAGAAGAGAUAACACUACCCUUCCCUUUACCAACGAGAACUCAGAGCCCUGAAAGCUUAAACCCUCAUCUUGUAAAUAAAGGCCCUUCUGUCCGCUC